CUGCGAAACUAGAGAGACACAUGUGGACACUGCGGUGAAACCGAAUGACGGAGAGGGGCGCCAGGUGCAUGGGUGUCCAGGGAGCAUCACUGGGGAAUGGACCCUAAUAAUGCACACCUGCUCAACAUGUGAGCCGUUCAUUCAUGAGAGAAUAACCUUACAGAAUAACUUGGCAUCAGUAAAUCUUGACAUCUGCGCGUGCCAACGCGGGUUUUGUAGUAUAAUUAGUUGCAUGUAACGUAGUAUCCGAUACGUUCAUUGAAAAUUUGUCCGGAAAAUGCGCGUAAAAGCUGUACCUCAUCAGCAUGGGUGUUAUUUAAUGAUCUCGCGUGUAUCGGCUUGACACUGUGUGGACACGCGCGCCAGGAAGCGGCAUAUUCUGUAUUGCGCGUCUCAGCGGUUUCAGAACCAGAGCGCCUUUGCGCUGAUUACACAAAGCGACAUAAAACGCGACCGCCAGUGGAUACAUCCUACUGCAAGGAUUGUAUUUCUACUCGAUGUUUUAUACUGUUGACGAGGACGCGCUACGACCAACUGCGGAGAUUUAAUGCAUGGAAACAGAAGACAAACGAUCAUUUCCCCGGUUUAACUGAUAAAAGCUCUGAAAAAAUUGUUGGAACGUCGAAUUGGAGAUUUAAACAACUUUGAUGUCAUCGUGUUGGUUCGCCCUGUGGAUAUCACCUCAUUAUCGCAACAGCUGUUAGCGUUCGAGACGCGCAUUUGUCUUCAAGGACUACUCCAGUAAUGCUGUCUGGGCAAUAAGUAUGAAACUGCGCGUGAGUACAAAACAAACGUGUGUAUGAAACACGAAUGAUAUGGAGAUAGGUGCUUUUGUUUGAAAUUGACAAAGGUUCGGGUUCAGAAAUAAUUAAAUGAAGAUAUGAAUUAUUGAUGCAACGCUAAGACAUAGCUUUGGCGAGGACAAAAAGGAGACUAUAAAUGUGUGUUAUGAAAUAGCAAAAUAUUGGGUCGAACGGACUUUGCAAGGUGUUGAAAUGCAUCAUGCGUGGGAAAUCCUUUUCCAGGUGAUCUGUCAUGGUUUUAAGAUGCGUUUAAAUGGAAGACGCAAUAUUAAUGGCUUGAAUGAAGAGAACACGCUAUUGUAAUGAGGGUGAGAGGAUGAUAACGGGCAUCUGGGCUGUUCUGAAAGACAUGCGCACACGUCCUAGAAGGAAAUUUAGUAUUGCAGUGGAUUUAUCGGAACCACUUUUGGUACCUGGCUCUCCCUUUCCAUCUUGAUCGCCUUUGAAUGGAAUGACUCGUACAGAAAAUGUCUCCCAAACACUUCAAACUGGAAUGUGUGUCAAGAAUAGACCAAAACUAGAAAGGAUCUUAACAGCUGCAAUGAUUUAAUGUUGUUUGAUGUUUAACUCCACAUUUGAAAGGGAAAAGAAAAAGGAUAUGCACCUGAGAAAUGGAUGAAAAGAUGAAUGUCUCAUGGAUUUUGCUGACUUAGCUUUUUAUGACCUCAGACACAUGGUGCUGGCAGUCUUUGAUGUCCUGUGACUGUGUUUUGUCACCAUAAAUAAAAACGUAUUACAUUUUGGGAGGUAAAUUGAAGCAUAGAUGGCACUUUUGUUUUGCUCGUUGACAAAGAAAAUGUUCAUUUCUUCAAAAUGACUUUGAUCUCAACUCAGUAAUUCCAUGGUGGCAUUGGAAAAAUGGCACACAUGACAACUGCACACUGACACACACAUUCACACCCAUUAUAUACAAACAUACAAGUACUCUGGUUAUUGUCCUUUGUAUGUGAAUGCAAAAUCCCAUUAUGGAAUUCCCUCAUCACCUGAAUCCAGUACUGUGACUGCCAAAGCUGCAUCAGACUUUGAAGGAGCCUCAUUUUGGAAGUGACUACAGUUCAGCUCUGGUUACACUUCUCUAAAACCUUUACAUUUCCAUCUCUCCCCCCCACCCUCGCCACGUGGGGGGGAGAGCUUCCUUCUCAGGGGUGACUCCAGAAACGUGUCCCUCUCAGCCCAGCAGACAGUGACUGUCACAGAGGUCUGUCAGCAUGGAUGCUGGGCAGGGCAGCCCAGAGAGCCCCAACCGGGCAGUGGAGUACCUUCUGGAGCUCAACAACAUCAUCGAGAGCCAACAGAAGCUUUUGGAAACACAGCGGCGGCGCAUCGAGGAGCUGGAAGUACAGCUGGACCGACUCAGCCAGGAGAACAAGGACCUGAGGCUGGACCGACAGCCAUGCCCGCCUCCACCUCCACCUCCCAUCCACCCCACCCAGAUGGCCACACCCCAUGCUCCAGCAUCCACAAAAGUCUACUCCAAUAAGAGCCACAACAGUGGCCCCAUCCCGAUCCCCAUCCCAGCGCCAGCACCCCCGCCCCCACCUCCACCUGUACCGCCACGGGACCGCCGCGUCAAUGCCAACACACACACAAGGCUCGGCCAGAGCCUGUCAUCUGGACCCAAUGCCACAGAGCGAGAGAGGGAACGAGACAAGGAUAGAGAGAGGGACAGCGCCGGUACCAGUUUGGGCAGCUCUCUACCGAGACAGCCAGAAGGGGACUCGUCCAACAAAGACAGUGUGGAGGCAGAUUCUCAGUGUCCAGACACGGGUAGCUUUUCCGACAGCACCUGCAGUCAGGGCCCAUACCUGGGCAAUACGAACCGCUACGGGAACAUUCGAAACGCUCCCAGCCCUCAAGGGCCUUCCGUGGCCCCUCCAAGCCCAGCGAGCCUGGCCUGGGCUCAACGGACCCGUCACCAGCCUGCCAGCCUGGCACUUCGCAAGCAAGAGGAGGAAGAGAGCAAGCGCUGCAAAGCACUCUCUGAGAGCUAUGAGCUCUCCACAGACCUGCAGGACAAAAAGGUGGAGAUGCUGGAGAGGAAGUAUGGUGGUUACUUUCUGAGCAGGCGAGCGGCUCGCACCAUACAGACGGCAUUCCGGCAGUAUCGCAUGAACAAGAACUUUCAACGGCUACGCAGUUCCGCCUCUGAAAGCCGAAUGACCCGUCGGAUCAUCCUGUCGAACAUGCAUUCGCAGUACUCAUUUGACGAGCGACAGCCGCAGGUGCAGCCCCAGAUACCCCAUCAGCAGCAAGGUCGAUAUACCAGUCAUCAUAGCUCGACUUUGGGUACAGCUGUCCAGCCGGGAACCCCAGACACACAGCAGGAUGCUGAUUCACCUGCACACUGUCCUUCAGAUAGAGAAGAGUAUUCGCAUGCAGAUGAUGCCUUUAACAAACAGGUGACAUCUCUGGCUGACUCUAUGGACGACACUCUGACAUGUCAGUCAGGACAAGGGGACUCUCAGGAUGGUGGUGGGGGAGGCGGUGAGGUGGGCGAUGAUUUCAGUGAGUGUGCAUGGAGCAGCAAACCCACCCCGCGAAGAGUCUUAGGAGAGCAUGAGCGACUAGGAGUCAUGCAUGAAGACAGCACAGCCACUUCGUACAGCGACGUCACACUUUAUAUGGAUGACGGCAUACCGUGUUCACCACUGUCCAUUGAGCGGGUUCCCUCCAGCACGGACACAGAGUACUGGGGUGUCAGCAGCGGGGUCGGAGGUCGCGAGGACAGCCGGGACAUGGAGGGUGGUGGGAGCAAUAACAGCAGGCAUAGCACGCCAUGCACGGAAUGCAGAGAUUACCGCUUACGUGGGUCACACCUCCCUGUCCUUACCAUAGAUCCACCCAGCGACAGCUCGGUCGACAUGAGUGACCGCUCAGACCGCGGCUCCCUCAGCAGACAGCUGCUUUACGAGCAGGAGCCCAUGGGUGGUGGAUCGCCCCAAGAAACUCUUAAACACAACCCUGUCCCUCGCUCGCCCAAUCCCUGUGUGGCACAGGGCCAGACGCGACCUCCGGGCCGCCCCAUCCCAUCGCCUUUACCUACGCACUUUCCACAUCACACCAUGAUGCAUCACCACCAUCACCCACACCUUCACCAUCCAAUGCACCACCACCCUUUACCGCAUAUCCAUCACCCCUACCCAGACCCCACGUCCCCCUCCCCCACCCAGCCUCCACUCACGCCGCUCUCUUCCUCGUCGUCCACGCCGCUGCCUCCUACUGGCCUGGAGCACUCAGAUGGCGAUAAUGACUCGCUGAAUUCCACCACCAACUCGAACGAGACCAUCAACUGCAGCUCAGGCUCUUCAUCCAGGGACAGUUUGAGAGAGCCACUGCCUCCGCUAGGAAAACAGACUUAUCAGAGAGAGAGCCGGCACAGCUGGGACUCACCAGCUUUUAACAAUGACGUGGUGCAGAGGAGGCAAUACCGCAUUGGACUCAACCAAUUUAACAAGAAACCAGAAAAGGGGAUCCAGUAUUUGAUAGAGAGAGGCUUUGUUUCAGAUACACCUGUGGGAAUUGCACGCUUCAUUCUGGAGAGAAAAGGCCUGAGUAGACAAAUGAUUGGGGAGUUUCUGGGAAACCGACAAAAACAAUUCAAUAAGGAUGUUUUAGAUUGUGUGUUGGAUGAGAUGGAUUUCUCAGGCAUGGAUCUGGAUGACGCCUUGAGGAAGUUUCAGGCUCAGAUUAAAGUUCAGGGAGAAGCCCAGAAAGUGGAGAGACUGGUAGAGGCCUUUAGCCAAAGAUACUGUGUGUGCAACCCUGCACUCGUCCGUCAGUUUCAGAAUCCUGACACUAUCUUCAUCCUGGCCUUUGCAAUCAUCCUACUCAAUACGGACAUGUACAGUCCCAACGUCAAAGCUGAGAGGAAGAUGAAGCUGGAAGAUUUCAUCAAGAACCUGAGAGGAGUGGACAAUGGACAAGAUAUUCCCAGGGAUAUGUUAGUCGGAAUCUACCAGCGCAUUCAGAAAUGGGAACUCAGGACAAACGAUGACCAUGUGUCUCAAGUGCAGGCUGUGGAGAGGGUCAUUGUGGGCAAGAAACCUGUGCUUUCUCUGCCACAUCGCAGGCUAGUAUGCUGCUGUCAGCUAUAUGAAGUCCCUGACCCCAAUCGACCCCAGCGGAGUGGAGUUCACCAGCGGGAGGUCUUCCUCUUUAAUGAUCUUCUGGUGGUAACAAAGAUCUUUCAGAAGAAGAAGACGUCGGUGACGUACAGUUUCAGACAGUCUUUUCCCCUGGUGGAGAUGCAGGUUCAUAUGUUCCAGAACUCCUACUACCCCCAUGGUAUCAAACUGACAUCAGCAAUGCCUGGCAGUGAGCGCAAGGUUCUGAUUAUGUUCAAUGCACCGAGCCAGCAGGACCGAACACGCUUCACCAGUGACCUGAGUGAGAGCGUUGCUGAGGUUCAGGACAUGGAGAAAUACCGUGUCGAGUCUGAGUUAGAGAAGCAGAAAGGUGUGAUGCGUCCAGGGCUCUUGAGUGGAGAUGUGGGUGGGGUUGGCGGGAUGAAGACUGAGGCUGUGAACGGCACUCUGGGUAGGCCCAGUCUGGAUGACACGUAUGCGGCAGGGGAUGGACUUAAACGAACAGCACUUAGCUCCUCACUGAGAGACCUCUCUGAGACAGGCAAGCGAGGCCGUAGAAACAGCGUUGGCUCUUUGGAUAGUACUAUUGAAGGAUCCAUCAUUAACAGCCCACAGCCACACCAACGCAGGCCCAAGGGGGGUGCCGUUCCUGGCUGCUACGGGGUGGAAGACUACCGGCCUCACCGCCCCAUCCUGAGCCCCGGAGUAGGGGUGGGGGGUGGGCCGGGGCAGCUUCACAACGCCGUAGGGAACAUGGUGGGAAUCCCUGGCAUCGGCGAUCGAGGUGGGGGGCCGGGGAGCAGUUCUGGAGGGAGCAAUUCAGGUUCCUUCCUGGGCUCCCUAUUUGGCAGCAAGCGCGCCAAACCCCCUGCUCCUCUUACACCCCCUGGGCCACAUUACCCAGCCCCCGUGCCUCCGCCCACUACAGGGGGGCCACCACCACCAUCCCCCUCCGCCCUCAGCCAGUCAGACCCCGGUGGGCCAUCCAAAAUCCAAGCGCUGCACGCUCAGUACUGUCACAACAACUUUGGCCAACCUCCACCCCCAUACCACCAUCAUCACAGAUAUCACAUGCAGGUGUCCGCCCCAGGCCAUUUGCCUGCUACCCACCAUACUCUGCAACGAGGGUCCCUCCCUCGGCGUGGGCCACCCGCUCCGUCUCAUGCCCAGCUCCAGCAGCAACUAUCCCAUCAUGCUAUGCAGCAAGGCCGCUACGGCAAUAUGGCCUGCACCCCUCCGCCUCUGUCCCCCCAUUCGCCCCAUUCCCCCAUCGCCCCGUUCAGCUUCUACCAUGCACACCCCAUACGCCAUGCCCGUGUACCAGGUUCUACAGGCAAGCUUCCGCUCACCCUGUCUCACUCUCAGCCCCACCCACACGCCCACUCCCACGUUCACUCUCAUACCCACAGCCAUCCCGGCCUCGCCCUCAGCCCCCACCCCCUACUUCAUCACUCUGCCCAUCAGCCUCACUUCGUCUUCUCCCCUCCUCCUCAGGCGCCAUCUGCCAUCACUGCCCGCCACAUACCCCAGGGCACCGGCCACUACAUACCACAGUACCUGCCCCUCUCCUCCAUCCCGCCCCCUCCACCACACUCCCCGUUACCUCCUCCAUCCUCCCCACAUACCCCUCUCACCCCUUUUACGCCACUAUCUCCGCUCACUCCAGGACCCCUGGGGGCUCAGUCGGGCGGCCCAGGGGGCGGAGGAGGCGGGGCCAGCAACAGCAGCAUGGGCAGCAGCUCCAAAUCCAAACCUAUCAACCGCAUCAGCACGGUGGUGUGAGGG